GUUUUUUUUUUUUUUGGGGGGGGGGGUGGCUUUUUAAUGUGCACGCUGCCUCCUAGGAAGGGAUUAAAAAAUGAAUCUAAAAAUGCAGCGGAUUUCCCCCUCCACCCCACUCUUUAGUUUAUAGAAGACGCAAGAUGAUCCCUUUUUAGGGGAAAAAAAAGCCCCAGGAAGAAAAGAACACCCCUCCACCCCCCCAUAAAUUAUCAGAUCAAUAAGGUUAAGAGUAGUGAAGAGAAGUUGCAGCUAAUCUUGUAAUGUUGUUAUUAGGAGCUGCCGGGGAGCCGCCGGCGGCGGGAGGCGCCGCCCCUUCCGUGCGAAACGUUCACUUCCUCGCAAGGUGGUACGAAUCAACCCAGAGCCGCUAGCAACCGCUAGUGGAUACCGCGCGCCGAUUUGGGAGAGGAGAAAAAAACACCGCGAUUUAGGAAAGGCUUGGCAAGCAUCUCCGGGAUCUCUGUGUGUCCGCGCGCUGUCUGCUCUUCCAGCUGGGAGAUGCCCCGAUGCGCACGACGUGUACUUUGCGCCCCUCUGGAUUUGAGAGCUCUGCCUUGCACAUGAAUUCCCUUCCCCCUCUUUCUGUGACAUUAAAAAAUAUUGCCUUCUGGCCAAAAAUAUCCCUCCCCCCAACCAAUUCUGUCAGAUCUUUGCUAUAGGUUUUUUGGUUGUUUUCAAUCAACCCUGCAAUGUUAGAAUUACUUUUGGGAGAGAGGGGGUUGUUGGUUGGCUGCAGCCGUGUUGGUCUCAGGACAGGCAGGCAAGGUUCUUUGGGCAGAUGUGACCUCUUUUAUUAGACCAACUAAACAGUCAGAAAUUUUAGUUGCAAAUUGGUCUUUGCAAGCUUUUGGGCACAAACCCUUUUAGGAGGAAGACCCUGCCAGUGGGUCAAAGGUCUGAAGUUAAGUGUCUUAAAAAAUGCCCAGUCUCUGGUGCUUGCUCUUAGAAGAAGGUGGGAGGUUAUUUAGGACAGAUGUGGGGGAGGGAAAGACCUCGUGUGCAACUCUCCUCCAAUUAACUGCCCCGUGUCCAUAUCUCAUCUCUCAUUUGCACAGUAUUAAUAAUUAAAAAUAUCAAAAAUCCCACCCCCCCUUUGCCCGAAAGGAAGCAAACUUGUAGCUUCAAGCGUUUCCUUUUAGGAACCCCGUGUUUGUUUGGUUUUUUUAUUUGCUUUCCUGAGUUGAAAAGGCAAAGAGAAGGACCCUUCUAUUCUUGCAGUCAGUAGUAUGUGUACCCCCAAACAUAAAUUGUGCAAAAUCUUUUAGCAGCCUCUCAUAUGCUGCAGCUCUCGCUCUGCAAUCUGGUGGUAUUUGCCAGGAAGGGUGAAGUGCACCUCUCCCACAACUCAUCCUAAAUCCAGGGCUGGUUAUGUGCGUGCCAAGGUUAGCUCUCAUCUCUUUGCUUUUUAAGUUUGCCAGAACUAGACCUCUGUUUAAGUUAAAUCAGCACAUGCGUCUUGCACAGUACUUUAGCGAGUGGAUUACAAUGACAAAACCCUCCAUGUGUGCCUUACAUGAGAAAUCUUUUAUGCGAUGCUGUAUUAAGACUUCUUCUUUUUUUGUCAUAUUGUUUAGCCCUGGAAAAAAAAUGAAAACAAAGCAAUUAAAAAGAUUGACAGGUAUGGGUUUGUGUGAGACCUAUUUGUAAUUGUCAGGGUGACGUUGGCAAGAGGAGGAGGAGUAAGAAACUGAAGCAGGAAAAGCAGCUCGAUGUGUCUGUCUAUCAGUUGAGACUGUCUGAAAGCUCUGGGAUCUGAAUGUGUGUUAUAUUUCAGUGAAAAGAGAAGAGAGGGAGAGUGGAUCUCUUUCUCUCCCAGGAGUUUAAAGGGGGGGGGGGAAACAGUUCACGUUAAUCUCUCCUACUCAGUGAAUAUCUUUGUUUUUUCCCCCCCUUUGCACACACUCUCUGGGGUUUUUCUUGGUUUUGGCUUUUUUUAUUAUUAUUUUAUUUUUCUAUUGCAGAUCAAGAUCAGCCAAAAAAAAUCCAUGAUAAAAAUGUGUUUGCAUUAUAUUUAGUAUCAGAAGAAGCUGCGAUUUGUGGAGGAAAAAAAAAAAGGGGGCAGCAAAGCAGAAAAGUAGUCCUCUCCGGUGGUGACACUGUUUGAUCUGUGACUGUUUGGAAGGUGGAGGAGUGACUGACAUUUCCCAUCCGGUGUCUAUGUAUGUAUGGGGGCUUUACUCCUUUUUUUUUAUAUUCUUUGCUUUCUUGCUCUUAGACUAAGUGCUGGGAGGAGAAGGAGAGUCUGGAUCGACCUCGGUUUUUUUUGCACAAUGAAAAAACUAUUCUCAGCGCAAUAAUAAUAAUAAUAAUAACACCCAACAACAACACCACACAAAUCCACGAGCUUGAAACAAGCCGGCGAGCCAGCGAGAGAGAGAGAAAGUUGCGCUUUGAGACUCUUUGAUCUUGGAGAAAGGCUGAGAGAGGGGAGGGGGGGAGUGACUGAAUUUACCGUCUCAUCGCUGCUGCUUGCUCAGUUCUCCACCAAGACGAAGAAGAAGUGAUUAAGGAAAGGAGGGGGAAAAAGGGAAAGAGAGAGAGAGAGAGAGGAAAAAAAAAAAGGACGAACGAAAGAUAAUGGAUUUGGGCUGCAGAUUGAACUGAUCCCAUCUUAUUUAUUUUGCACAUCUCCACUUGCAUCUUCCCUGCUGCUGCUGCUGCUGCUGCUCAGAGGACUGAAGAGCUUUGUCUUCUAAGGAACUUAAAAGAGAGAGAGAAAAAAGAGAGAGAGAGAGAUCCAGGGAAGGAAAAUUAACCUUGUAAAUGAAAACAUUUCCUAAGCAAGUUUUUGGAGUGGUGGCGGAAAUUGGCACCCCUAUCACCCGUCUGUGGCUGGCCUGAUCCCACACCCCAGCACCCCCCCCUCCCUCCACACCCCACUCGCAUCUCCAGGAGCCGACCUGGAGGGGGGGGGGCCGAGCCGCCGAGAAGAGAAGCCAAGCAAACUUUUUUUUUCUUCCUCCCCCCUCCUCCUCCUCCUCCUCCUCUCCCUCUCUCCCAUUCCUCCCCACCCUCCCUCUCUCCUCCUAGGCGGCAUUAGAAGUUGAAUCCCAUUUUCACUCUCCUUGCCCCCCCCUCCCCCUUCCCUCAUCCUUCCUUUUUUUUUAAUUUUGUAUUUGUGUGUGUGUGUAUGUGUGUGUGCGUGUGCGCGCGUGUGUUUGUUUCUGCAUGAAAAGAGUGGGAUUGGAAGAGGAGUCCUGUGCGGAAACUCUCCAGCGGCGACAGAGGAGGGCGGCGGAGGAGGAGGCGGCAGCACCAGCAUGCCGAGGAGAAAGCAGCAAGCACCCCGGCGCUCUGCAGCAUCAGACAUCACGUUGAUCCCUUCCCUGUUCAAGUGCCAUAUUCUCUGCUAAGUGGGUGAAGCUAAAUAGUGACCAGAAUGAACUCUCAGAAAAAAAGAAGGAUAGAGACACAAACAUCACUACGAAUACAGACUCUCUCUUUCAGACCUCACUAUCCUUGUACUAAAGGGAACUCUACCAACUACCUUUAAAAUUAUUAGUUAGUGAUGCAAAUGGAGGCUGAAAUCCAUGUGCCUGCUGAAUUAACUUCUCUAGGAGCCCCAGGCAUCCUGGGCCUACAGUCUUUGUCAUCCUGAUCUCUAGUGCUCUCAAUAAUGCAGCAAGCCUUUGCUCCACCAAAGUGUCACCUGUCUAGCAUAUGUUCCUGAGGAGGAGUUGAAAGCAGCAGAAAUAGAUGAAGACAGCGUGGAAGAUGAUGGGCUGUCUCUGGACAUCCAGGAGAGUGAAUAUGUGUGCAAUGAAGAAACAGAGAUCAAAGAGGCUCAAAGCUACCAGAACUCCCCAGUCAGCACUGCAACUAAUCAGGAUGCAGGCUAUGGUUCGCCGUUUAGUGAAAACAGCGAUCAAAUGGCCCAUUUCAAAAGCACUUCCUCUAAAGAAGAGAAAGAGGAUCAUCAGUGCACAGACAAUGCUUCGUAUCCACAGGACAGCUUGGCACAAAUAAAAGCUGUGUAUGCAAAUUUACUCUCAGAGACUUGCUGGUCCAGUUUAGCUUUGGACUUGAAGAAAUCCAGUCCAGCCAGCAGCAACAAUGGAAUAAGCCAGAAUGCAAAUGCCACCAGUCCCAACACUAAUACCAACACCCACAGUACUAGUACCAGUACCAAUACUAGUACCAGUACGAGUACCAGUAGUACUAGCAACAGUAACAGUGGUGGCUCAGGUUAUGACUGGCACCAAGCUGCAUUAGCUAAAACUUUGCAGCAGACCUCAUCAUAUGGACUUCUCCCUGAGCCUAGUCUGUUCAGUACAGUUCAGCUUUACCGGCAAAAUAAUAAACUCUAUGGGUCUGUGUUCACCGGCGCUAGUAAGUUUCGAUGCAAAGACUGUAGUGCAGCCUAUGACACACUGGUGGAGCUAACAGUGCACAUGAAUGAAACUGGACAUUACCGUGAUGACAACAGAGAUAAAGAGUCUGAUAAAACCAAGCGGUGGUCAAAGCCUAGAAAACGAUCACUUAUGGAAAUGGAAGGCAAAGAGGAUGCCCAGAAAGUGCUGAAAUGCAUGUACUGUGGGCAUUCAUUUGAAUCUUUGCAAGACCUGAGUGUCCAUAUGAUAAAAACAAAGCAUUACCAGAAAGUGCCUCUGAAGGAACCAGUACCAGCCAUCACUAAACUGGUCCCUUCUACCAAAAAGCGCGCACUUCAGGACUUAGCUUCACCUUGCUCACCUGAGCCAACAGGGAUCACUGCAGAGGCCACACUGCAGAGUGAGUCUGCAAAGGAUCAGAAAACUGCCAAUCCUUAUGUGACUCCAAACAAUCGCUAUGGCUAUCAAAAUGGUGCUAGCUAUACGUGGCAGUUUGAGGCCCGGAAAGCCCAGAUAUUGAAAUGCAUGGAAUGUGGCAGUUCCCAUGAUACUUUGCAGCAACUUACUGCUCACAUGAUGGUUACUGGUCAUUUUUUAAAGGUGACCAACUCUGCCUCCAAAAAAGGAAAACAACUUGUGUUGGACCCUGUGGUGGAGGAAAAGAUACAGUCCAUACCUCUACCACCAACCACCCAUACGAGACUACCAGCCUCCAGCAUUAAAAAGCAGCCAGAUUCUCCAGCUGGGUCCACAAACUCUGAGGAGAAGAGGGACCCAGAAAAGGAAAAAGUGGUGGUCAGUGAAACAGACAAAAAAAUUAAAGAGGAGAACGAGGACUCUACUGAAAAAUUUGAGCCAACAACUUUGUAUCAGUACCUCAGAGAGGAGGAUCUGGAUGAUAGUCCUAAAGGUGGAAUAGAUAUAUUGAAAUCUCUAGAGAACACAGUGUCGACAGCUAUCAGCAAAGCUCAGAAUGGAGCACCUUCUUGGGGAGGGUAUCCCAGUAUUCAUGCAGCUUACCAGCUACCAGGAACAGUAAAACCCCUCCAACCCGCAGUGCAGAGUGUUCAAAUGCAGCCAUCCUAUGCCAGCAGCGUAAAGUCACUGUCUUCAGAACACAAUGCACUAAUCCAUUCCCCAGGUAGCCUCACACCCCCACCACACAGAAGUAAUGUGUCUGCCAUGGAGGAACUGGUAGAGAAAGUUACAGGUAAAAUCAAUGUAAAGAAAGAGGACAAACCUGUGGAGAAAGAGAAAACUUCCCCAGUUAAACCGCUGUCACCUGCUGCUAAAGAAAACAAAGACUUUCCAAAGUCAGAGGAAAUAAAUAACAAACAGCAGCAGAAGAAGAGUCCUGAUGCAGAAGUUCAGAAGGUCAAAAAGGAUAGUUCAGUGGAAGUGCAUACACCAAAUGGUACAGAGCCACUCAAAGCAAAAGUUGCCAACGGCUGUAACAAUUUAGGGAUCAUCACAGACCAUUCACCUGAGCCAUCUUUCAUUAAUCCAUUGAGUGCUUUACAAUCCAUUAUGAAUACCCACUUAGGCAAAGUUUCUAAGCCGGUAAGCCCCUCUUUGGACCCUUUGGCCAUGCUUUACAAAAUUAGCAACAGCAUGUUGGACAAACCCAUUUACCCAACCACUCCAGUCAAGCAAGCUGAUGCUAUCGAUCGGUACUACUACGAGAACAGUGAUCAGCCCAUUGAUUUAACAAAGUCCAAAAACAAACCUCUUGUUUCCAGUGUGGCGGAUUCUGCCUCAUCUCCCCUAAGGGAGAGUGCCCUAAUGGAUAUUUCUGAUAUGGUAAAGAACCUCACAGGGCGUUUGACACCUAAGUCUUCAACUCCAUCGACUGUCUCAGAGAAGUCUGACGCCGAUGGAAGCAGUUUUGAGGAAGCUCUGGAUGAACUGUCACCAGUACACAAGAGGAAAGGCAGACAAUCCAACUGGAACCCUCAGCAUCUUUUAAUCCUUCAAGCCCAGUUUGCUUCUAGCUUGAGGGAGACCCCAGAAGGCAAAUACAUCAUGUCGGACCUUGGUCCACAGGAGCGGGUACACAUCUCUAAGUUUACUGGUCUUUCCAUGACCACAAUUAGCCACUGGCUGGCCAAUGUGAAGUAUCAGUUAAGGAGGACAGGUGGAACUAAGUUUUUAAAGAACCUGGACACAGGACAUCCUGUUUUCUUUUGCAAUGAUUGCGCCUCUCAAUUCAGGACUGCUUCUACAUACAUAAGUCACUUAGAGACACAUUUAGGGUUUAGUUUGAAGGAUCUGUCAAAGUUGCCACUAAAUCAGAUUCAAGAACAGCAGAAUGUUUCAAAAGUCCUCACAAACAAGACUUUGGGCUCACUUGGAAUUGCUGAGGAGGACUUGGGCUCCACAUUCCAGUGUAAGCUCUGUAACCGAACUUUUGCAAGCAAACAUGCAGUCAAACUGCACCUUAGUAAAACACAUGGCAAGUCCCCAGAGGACCACCUGAUCUAUGUAACUGAGUUAGAAAAACAAUAGGGUCCAGGUAAGCAGCCAGGUAUGCAAGUGACCACAGGAACAUUGCACUAAACUUCUUCAUAGUACUGCACUAGGCCUGACCUGAGCCUCUGAAAUCAGUCUUACUUUUGUUGCUGAACUGGACCUUGGUUUUUCUUACACUUAUUUUAUAGCUAUAUUUAUAUGCUCUUUGUCUGAUCUGUGCAUGGGUUUCUUUUGUUUUUAUUUUUUUUGUGAGUCAAAGUCUGACCUUUAUUUUCAACAUCUGUCCUUGAUGUUAAGCUAUACUUUGUAGAAUAUAGUGGGAGACACUAUUGAGAGACAUUAAUUUAGCCGUAAAGAAAGACACAAAGAACAAUGAUAAAAAGACAUCCUAAAAUUACAAAGUUGCCAUGACAAUAAAGGUCACAGAACCCAGUAGUGUCAAGUUUUAACCCUCUGAGGACUGUAAUAGCAUUUCUGUGCCUUUCCCAAUAAACAAACAAACAAACAAAUAAAGGCUUACAAGGCAUUUCAUUCAGAUCAAAGCUGUGUCCGAAACAAAACUUAUUAAAAUAUAUUUUUUUUAAAUUAAAUGAGCUUUUUUUUUUAAAUGCAGAACUGGUUUAUGAAGAAAACGUGCAUGCAGUUCUUGGAAGAAGGAAAGCUAUUAGUACUCAAGGGGUUAGGAAGCUACAUCUGUAUAAGAUAAAUAAUAAUAAAAAAUAGCAAACCAAGUUGCCACUAUGCCCAAACCCUCUGGAUGCUGAAAAUUGCCAUUUUUUUGGCAAAAAAGUAUGCAAGCUGUUAUUUAAAAACAAAUGUAAAAAUGCUUUUUUCCUUUUUUUUUCCUGUAAAAUACUGCAGUUUAUAGUUAUUUACAAAUGUUAAGCUUUGGUACAAGCUGACCUUUCUAUAGUGUGCUGCAUUGGUAAAUGAAAACAUGAAAACAAAAAAAAUGGGGCAAAUGUUGGAUCUGUUCCUUGUAAAAUUGCCAGCAUCAGCUUAAAAAAUACAUGUUACAUAUCGUACCAUUUUAAACUAUUCAACUUUCUUUGUACCUUCUGGCUGUAUGCUUUCUCUUUUAACUUUUUAUAUUGUCAUUUUAUAUUCGAUUUCUGUGUAUAUAAUGUAAAACCACACUUUUUGAAUAAAAUUUAGUUCCUGCAGCUUGAUUUAAAUAGAGAAAUUUUACCGGCACCUGCAUCUUUCCAGAUGCAUGUACUUAAAGGAACUAUCUGACAAAAAAUAAAUAAAUAAAAAUAAAGCAAGCAAUGCACUAUGAAUUAUACAUUUUGAUGUUUUAUCAUUAAUAUUGUACAGUACAUUUUGGUUCACACAAUUAAAUCCACUGUUUUCUCAAGUGUAAAAUAAACCCACAUGC